GUGGAAUGAGGAUUGACGAAGUAAAAAAGAGUAAGACAUGAACAUUUGAAAGGAAUCCGACAAAGUGGUACGUAAUCCCAAACGAAGUGCGACGCUAUGCUUUCCCUCUCCGUCUUCCCCACACUCCCAUCGCUUCAAAACCCUAACUUGGCCCGUGCCCACCUCUUCAAUUUCAUCAAUUUCCCUCUAAAUUCAACGCUUCCGUUACCACCACUCUCUCACCGCACAAUCCUCUGCAAAGCGUUCAGGGAUUCCGGCAAGGACAUCAAGGCGGUGCUCAAGUCCGACGACGGGGGCGGCGGCGGCGGCGGCGGUGACGGUGACGGUGACGGUGGGGACGACAAGGAUGCCGAGAAGAAAGAAGGGUCCUCGGGGCCUUUGCCGGAAUGGUUGAAUUUUACUGCUGAUGACGCCAAAACGGUGCUUGCGGCAAUUGCAAUAUCGCUCGCGUUUCGCACGUUCGUGGCGGAGCCGAGGUACAUUCCCUCGCUGUCAAUGUAUCCUACGUUUGAUGUUGGAGAUCGAAUUGUUGCUGAAAAGGUUUCAUACUAUUUUAGAAAACCAUGUGCAAGGGACAUAGUGAUAUUUAAAAGCCCUCCGGUGCUUCAAGAAGUUGGAUAUAGCGAUGAUGAUGUUUUUAUAAAGCGUGUGGUUGCAAAGGAAGGUGAUAUUGUGGAGGUUCGUAAAGGGCAUCUUUUUGUUAAUGGGGUUGAGAGGAAUGAAGACUACAUCCUUGAACCACCUGCUUAUGAGAUGAAACCCAUCCGUGUGCCAGAGAAGUACGUGUUUGUGAUGGGAGACAACCGCAAUAACAGCUAUGAUUCCCACGUGUGGGGUCCUCUGCCAGCGAAGAACAUCAUAGGUAGAUCAGUAUUUCGCUAUUGGCCACCAAAUAGAGUUGCCGGCACAGUAUCUAAGGAAACUUGCUCGGUUGAAACCUCCCAGGAGACUGCACUGCCAUCUCCAUGAGUAUGACCGCUGCCUUUCUCAAUUUUCUUAUUCUUUCUAUUUGUAAAACAAAUAGGGCCUUUCCUUAGAAAAAUAUUUUUAGGUUCCUCCACACUGGCUCAUGUAAAUGCUCAUCACCUUUGUAUUAAAUUCAAAAAUCAGACGCAACCCAAGUUGGUUUAAACAUGACUACAAACUUGUCAAACAAUAUCUCAAAAAAAAAUUAUUUAGCUUUUAAUGUUCCUAA